UGUUUACAUGACGUCACAGAGGAAACGACUUCCGGUGUCAACAACAUGGAGAAGUUGUUCGUCUCCUCUGGGACGUUCUCUUAUUUUCACCUUUUCCCACAUUAACGAGAUGAAGGUGAUCCAGCACUCUGCAGAAACACUGCAAACAGCUUUGGUCUCGGAUCGCCAGGACUUGGCUAAACUUUACAGGAAGUACACCAAAGAAGAAAGACGUCUUCUGGAGGAGGGAUUCCUCCAGGGGCAGGGUUCCCUCUUCCAACCCAUCACAGUGCAUUCUGACUCAGACUGGAUCCCUGCUCACCCUGAGGAGCGUCAGGACUUUGAAAGCUUCUACAGAGAUCAUUAUAGGAAGACCCCAACUGCGAGCCACAACACUAUAUAUAUUCAAACCAUAGGUUCCUUUGGGGAGGCAGGGGUCCAGACAGACCAGUAUGUGGAGUGGCUCAGACAAUACUGCCAGGCCUUCUUCUAUGGGCUUUCUGUCAAGUUGCUGCCUGCAGUUACUGUGGCUGAAACGGGAUGCUCUUUCCGUGUUAACAGCAGCUCACACAACCUUCAGAUCCUCACUGGUGAUCUUCUACGAUUUCUGGGCAACAGGAAGCCAAAAGAUGCUUUUUGUAUUGUCGGAAUCACAAUGAUUGACCUGUACCCCAAAGACUCCUGGAACUUUGUCUUUGGACAGGCGUCUCUCAGUAUGGGAAUGGGUGUUUUCAGCUUCGCCAGGUAUGACGACAACUUCUACAGCAGAAAUUAUGCGGGACGACUGAAAAAACGUCUGCAGCCAAAGCAGGGGGAUUACUCUGUGUUUGACGGAUAUUACACUCCCCCCAUCUCCAGCACUCUGCUGCUUCGUUCCUGCAAGACAAUGACACACGAGAUUGGCCACAUGUUUGGAAUAAGGCAUUGCCAGUGGUUGAGCUGCGUCAUGCAGGGCUCCAACCAUCUCGAGGAGUCUGAUCGCAGGCCUCUGGAUUUCUGUCCCAUCUGCCUUCGCAAGCUACAAGUUUCAGUCGGCUUCAAAAUAGCUGAAAGAUACAAGGCCUUACUGCACUGGAUGGAGGAGGAUCAGAGAUCAAUAUACAGACCAGAUGAGGCCUCUGCCUCUCAGUCUGCACUCUCCUGUUCCAAACCCACUGAAGCCUUUCAUGCUUCUACACUUUGGCUCCACAGAUGCCUGGAUGUACUGGAAAAAACAUGAACUACAGUGUUUUCCAGUGGCUCUGGAAACAACAGAGAAGAAAGUGACAUCAAAAUGUAUGUAGCCCGACACUUUUCAUGUGCAACACGCAACAGAUAUGUGCUGCUUUUUGAUAUAAAACCACUUCUGACAUUGUACCUGACAGAUAUUGGCUGAUAAUACACAGCAUAUGAUAAGAGAGUGACUCAAUACCAGAAUAUAUUGAGUUGUAUUUGUAGAACUAAAAUGUCAAAGUAAAACAAACACACAGAAAUUGUGUAGAUGUGAAUUUAGUAAGACACGUUUUUAUUAUAAAGUUUGACUUAUUGUUUGAAUGUGGCAGAAAGCUGUUUACCAUGUGAUCCAGCAGAGGGCGUCCAAAACUUCACAUUAAACUUGACCCCUGGUAUCCCUGAUGACCUUUCAGUGAACUAAUGCUGCGUUCCAAAGGCAAAGAUCAGAAUUAUCCAGUUGCUAACACACAAAGAAAUGCACAACAACAUAACCUCCUUUAGAAAAAAUGUGUUCAGUUGAAUUUAAAUUAGUAUGUUUAAGGUUUAAAAUAUUCUGUGAAGAUGUGGUG